AUGUCUGACCAGGGAGUGAGUUCCAUCGCGAAUCUCGCUAUACGGUCAAUCUUGAACCUUCCUUUCGAAACCGUUCUGGAGUUCGUCUCCUAUCUUGACAGACAAGAUAUUCUUGCUUUACGAUCUACCUGCAAGUAUAUGGAUACUAUACUACUCGACACAUUCGCCAAACAAUUCUUCAGCCAGAUAUACGUACUACCUACCGAGCACUCGCUUCAGCUUCUCUUGGAAGUGUCAAAUGAUAAGAGGAUAAGACGGCACGUCAAGGAACUUCUUAUCUGCUGCACCAUCUACCAAGACCACAGUAGUCGAUAUGGAGACUGGGAAUCAGACGCUCAUAUAAUCAUACAUAAAACUCGCUUGUUAACCGAAAACGAAUCUCCUUUCCCUGACACAACUUCUCCAGAAGAGGAAGCUACCAACGAAGCUGUGAACUUCGUUCGCAAAGGCUCCUUUGGAAGACAACUUACUGCUGCGCUUCAAUCGCUUGAGAUCGAUUCGAUCGAAAUUCUCAACUAUGGACAAAUGAAGUGUUGGCACCUUCCUUUACCGCUGAUUUUGGGUCGCUCGCAGCUGCUACGACGCACUGGCAGGGAUCCCUUUGAUACACCCGACUGCGUCAGGGGUCGUGGUCCUCGUAGCUGGGAAUACGCUUCGAAUGAGGAAGACGGACCAAUGGACAUGGCGACUUACAUGUCCAACACCGUACUCUCUGCCAUUGAGGACAGUGGACUUUUACUCCGCAGCUUCGUUAUCCCAGUUGUUCAAACCGACAGGUUGAAAGCCUUACCAACUCUCAGCUCCAACCUUUCAUCCCUGCAGCACUUGAAACUCACCAUCGGUCAUGAUGCACGCAGCACCUGUCACGACUCUCCAGACCCAGAUCCAAACUUCUUCACUUCCAUCAACGAGUUACCUAACCUCCAACACCUACACCUAUCCACCUGGCCAGCCCGCGCACGCCCCGGCUCAGUGUCCCUAAAUCCCUUUCUGUCCCUUCUAAAACCAUUAAACCUUAGAUCCUUACAUCUGGGUUCCUUGUGCGCUCCAUCACAAGACUUGGUUCCAUUGUUGGUGCCACUAAAAACCUUCAAACACUUUCGUUACAUUUCGUCGUUAUGCAAGAAAGAGAGAAUGGGCCUUGGAGAGAUAUGUUCACGAACCUCAUUCCAGUGA